AUGAGUCCCGACGGAACCUCUACGCCGACGCAUACAGUGCCGGCCACCACGAGCCAUGCCCAGGAGAAGCCGAAACAGGUCCCGACGGCCUUCAAGCACCCCCUGGACCCACUAACUCCUGAUGAGAUUGCGGCCGUCUCUCUUGCAGUUAGGCGUCAUAUUGCGUCCAAGACAGAGAUUAAGGCUAUCAAAUUCAUCACAUGUUCCCUCCUUCCAGCGCCUAAGAAAGCCGUCCUUGCGUACCUUGGCAUUCCUCUCAUGCCUGGGGCGAAACCCGAGGCACCUGUGCCGAUUGUAAGGAAAGCAGAAACCGAUUUCCUCGACGUUGUAAACGGUGGCUCCUACAAUGGUGUGCUGUCCUUGAAUGACAACGGAGAGUGGGUCGUGGAUGUCCUUAACCUCCUUCCGGAGUCGUAUCACCCUCAGAUUUCUGUUGAAGAGCUCAUCGCCUGCGAGAUGGUCGUUAAGAAAAACCCUACUAUUCAGAAGUUAGCUGCAGAUGUCGGUGUGCUGCCCGAACAAAUUGUCUGUGACGGUUGGUCGAUUGGAUAUGAUGAUCGUUUCCCUCAGAAGCGCCGCGUUCAACAGGCACUCGUUUUUGCUCGACUCUCUGAGCACGACAACCUGUAUGCCCAUCCUAUGGACUUCAUCCCUGUUAUCGACGCCAACUCAGAGGAAUUGUUGCACGUUGAUUUCCCUCCGCAUUAUUCCCGCGCUGCUGACGGGUCGGCGAAGCUGAGUGUUCCUGAUACUGCCCCUCCUUCCGUUGGUACGGAAUCCGAGUCCUUGGCUGCCUCGCAGAGGGAUCGGAUUCCACCUCCUCGCAAGGCCUGGGAUUUCUUGCCUGAUCUCAUGGCCAAGACUGAGGAGGGAGGCUAUCAUCCGAGGACGGAUCUGAAGCCUCUGCACGUCGUGCAACCCGAGGGUGUCAGUUUCAAGAUGGAUGGACAUGUUUUGGAAUGGCAGAACUGGAAAAUGCACAUUGCCUUCACCCACCGAGAGGGAAUUGCUCUGUCUACCAUAACGUACAAUGAUAACGGUGAGAUAAGACCCCUCAUAUACCGUUUAUCGUUAGCGGAAAUGGUCGUUCCCUACGGCGCUCCGGAGUAUCCUCAUCCCAGGAAAUUUGCCUUCGAUUCUGGCGAGUACGGUAUGGGCACGAUGGCAAAUGAACUCUCGUUAGGGUGCGAUUGUCUGGGCCAAAUUCACUAUCUGCCUGGAGCAUUCGUCGCCCACGAUGGUAGUGCUAUGGUUAUCAAGAACGUAAUCUGCAUUCAUGAAGAAGAUGCCGGUGUGCUCUGGAAGCACACUGAUUAUCGCCCGAAUGGCCGUUCGCAGACCAUUAGGAGGCGAAGACUCGUCGUCAGCAUGGUGUGCACCUUGGCAAAUUACGAGUACAUCUGGAACUACCACUUCUACCAGGACGGCGCCAUUGAACUCGAGAUCCGCCUCACUGGUAUCCUAUCGGUCUAUGUCAGCAAGGACGGCGAGCCUAAUCCUUUCGGUACCACCAUCGCUCCCAAUAUCAAUGGGCACUACCAUCAGCAUAUGUUCAGCAUUCGCAUCGACCCAAUGAUUGACGGUCUAAAUAACACAGUCGUCGAGUCCGACAUACUCCCUCUCGCGGCGCCGACAGGUUCGAAGGAGAACUUUGCCGGCAAUGCGUUCUACUCCCAAGACACCCCGGUUAAAGUUGAGUCUGGACGUGCCUACGACUUUGCCAAGGAGCGCAGGUGGCGCAUCGUCAACAAGGGCAGGCAGCACUAUGCCUCGGGCAAGGACGUCGGGUACAGCAUUGGCGUAAGGGGCGGAGCGACGCCGAUGAUGGCCAAGCCGGACGGGUGGGCGGCGAGAAGGGCAGCGUUCUUAAUGAACACGGUGUGGGUUUGCCGAGACAUCGAGGCGGAGGGCGGGAGCACUGUCAGGAUGUGGCCGGCAGGUAAGUACGUCCCGCAGACGAGAGAGGAGCCUGAGGACUCGGUUGGGUCCUGGGUGAAGGGCCAGCUGCCGGUUGAGGAUGAAGAUAUUUUGGUUUACGUCACUGUUGGUACGACCCAUAUUCCUCGCCCCGAGGAUUGGCCUGUCAUGCCAGUUGAGCACCUCACUGUGUCAUUUAAACCCAGUUCUUUCUUCAAGGCGAACCCCAGCAUGGAUGUUCCGGGCACGAAAGACCCCCUCAGUGUUAAUGCCUUUGGUCCAAAUGCCGAGGGCCAGGCGUGCUGCAAAUAA